GGGGAAAGGAGGGGGGGAAAAAAAAAGAGAGGGGGAGAGGGAGCCCUUCGCGGUGGCUCCGGGAAAACCGGCUUCAGACCCCGUUCCCCCGGCGAAGAGGGAAAACCCGCCCCGGUUAGCAGCUCCCCCGGGGGCCCCGGCUUUGUGCCUGUCUGUGCCCCCCCUUCCCGGUCUUAUUUGAUCUCCCGUUAAACCAAGGAGGAGAAUGUGAAAAAAGGGGGAAAAUGCCCAGGAGGAAGCAGGAGCAGCCCAAGCGCCUCUCUUCACAUGGUACCAGGCAGGAAGAAGUGGAAGGUGAACUCAGUGAAGAAGAACACUGGUUUGGAAAUUCUUCAGAAACUCCCUCAGAGGCAUCAUAUGGAGAAGUCCAGGAGAACUUUAAGUUGUCUCUUGAGGACAGGAUCCAAGAGCAGUCCACUUCCCCAGAUACUUCUUUGGGAAGUGCAACUCCUAGCAGCAACACAGCGGAGCUGGGAUCCAUUGAAAAUGAGGCACUAAGAGACACACUACAGAGCAAAGAGCACCUUUCUCCUGAUGUGUCAUCUCUCUGUGAAGAAGAACCUCCUGGUCCAAAUAAGCCACUGAGUAGUAACCUGAGGCGGCUGCUGGAGGCUGGCUCCCUCAAGCUGGAUGCUGCUGUUACUGUCAAUGGCAGAGUUGAGUCCCCUGUAAAUCUUGGCUCAAACCUUUCCUUCUCUCCACCUGCUCAUCAUGCCCAGCAGCUAAGUGUUCUUGCCAGAAAGCUUGCUGAGAAACAGGAACAAAGUGACCAAUACAAUGCAAGUAGUCACUUUAUAUGGAAUCAAGGUAAGUGGUUGCCAAAUUCAGCCACCACCUGUGGUUUGUCCCCUGAUUCAGCUAUCCUGAAACUGAAAGCUGCAGCCAAUGCUGUUCUGCAGGACAAAUCUCUUUCAAGGACUGAUGACACUAUAAGAUUUGAAUCCUUUUCCUCACCUUUUAGUUCUCAGUCAGCCAGCUCCACGUUAGCAGCUUUGUCUAAGAAAGUGAGUGAAAGAAGCAUGACUCCCGGGCAGGAGCACCCGCCUCCAGCUAGUUCUUUCCUUUCUCUGGCUUCCAUGACCUCUUCUGCUGCCCUUCUCAAGGAGGUUGCUGCAAGGGCUGCAGGCACCCUGUUGGCUGAGAAGAAGAAAUCACUGGUUGCUGAGGAUCCCCUGCAGCUUUCAGAGAUGAAGCAAGAGAAAGCAACUCCACCACAGUCUUUGGAAUUAUUGUUACUGCCAGUCCCUAAGGGAAGAGCAUCCAAACCCAGUACUACAGCCUCAGAAGAAGAAGGAGGAAAACCUUUCCAGUGUCCUAUCUGUGGUUUGGUUAUCAAGAGGAAGAGUUACUGGAAACGGCACAUGGUAAUUCAUACAGGUUUGAAAAGUCAUCAGUGCCCGCUCUGUCCAUUUCGCUGUGCACGCAAGGACAAUCUCAAAUCACACAUGAAGGUUCAUCAGCACCAAGACAGGGGUGAGACCUUUCAAUGCCAGCUAUGCCCUUUUACCUCCUCCCGCCACUUCAGCCUGAAACUCCAUAUGCGUUGCCAUCAACAUUUCCUCAGGACAGAAUCCAAAGUGAAGGAGGAAAUACCAGAAACUGAGGUGAAGGGGUCACCACAGAUAAAUAGUGACUCCUGCCCGGGACCACAGAGGGAAGGAGGUGGACCUGACCUUACAGGAUCAGCAUCUGUAUCUAAAACACCUGAUGUGGCUGGGCAGCCAAGUGGAGGUAUUCCACCUUUACUAGUGAAAGAAGAGCCCAAAGAUGACAAUGGCAUAUCAGCUGCACCUUUUGCUCUUAGCACUGUUGACAGAGUGCCCAACAACACAAAGCUGAAAGACUCCUCUGACUUUGUGGCCAAUACAGCAUCAGCACUAUUCAGCCAAGACAUCUCUGUCAAGAUGGCAUCAGAUUUUCUUAUGAAGCUGUCAGCUGCAAAUCAGAAAGAGCCCUUGACUCCUAAAUUUAAAGUGAAAGAGGAGCCUACAGAUGAAGAAGCUCCAAGUUCAGCCUUGUCUCAGUCCAGCUAUGUGUUCAGCCAGGAACCUGAAGCCUCAGCUCCAAACAUCCCUGAGGAGAAACUCAAGCCACAGGAAGUGCAGGCAAAUGUAAUGAGGCAGGACAUGUCAGUCAAGGCAGCAUCUGAGCUCCUCAUGAAGCUCUCAGCUGAGAGUUACAAGGAAACCCAGAUGGUAAAGAUAAAGGAAGAACCAAUGGAAGUUGACAUUCAUGAUUCGCAGGCUUCAGUGUCACCCAGCCAACCCAGCCAAAAUGUUGGCUACAGCACUUUAUUAGGGAGAGACAUUAGUGAACACAUACAGAAGGCACCAGAAGGCCGUGUGCUGCCAGAAAGAAAUCUGUUCAGCCAAGAUAUAUCAGUGAAGAUGGCAUCCGAGCUGCUCUUCCAGUUAUCAGAAAAGGUGAGCAAAGAGCACAACCACAAUAAAGAUAACACCAUCAGAACUACAACCAGCCCAUUCUUUUCUGAAGACGCAUUUAGACAAUCACCGUUCACCUCCAACUCAAAAGAUCUCCUGCCUAAUGACACUGCUCUUCAUGGAAGGACAUCUGCACCAGAAACAGAAAAGCUGGGUCUGGAGGUGGGAAAUGGAUUGCCAUCUUGGAAAUUUAAUGACCAGCUCUUUCCCUGUGAUGUGUGUGGAAAAGUGUUCGGUCGACAGCAGACUUUGUCCCGGCAUCUCUCACUACACACAGAAGAGAGAAAGUACAAAUGCCACUUGUGCCCCUAUGCUGCUAAGUGCCGUGCUAAUCUGAACCAGCACCUGACUGUCCAUUCUGUGAAGCUGGUGAGUACAGACACUGAAGACAUUGUCAGCGCUGUCACUUCUGAAGGCAGCGAUGGAAAGAAGCAUCCUUACUACUACAGCUGUCAUGUGUGUGGGUUUGAGACCGAGAUGAAUGUCCAGUUUGUCAGUCAUAUGUCCCUCCAUGUGGAUAAAGAGCAGUGGAUGUUCUCCAUUUGCUGCACAGCAUGUGAUUUUGUCACCAUGGAAGAGGCAGAUAUGAAGGCUCAUGUCAACAGCAAGCACACAGCUGAAGAGAGGAAGACACCCAGUGAAUCUAACAGUCCAUCUUCAUCUUCGCUGUCAGCAUUGAGUGAUUCUGCCAACAGCAAAGAAGAUGCAGACAUAACUCCAAAAAACAAGGGUUCAAACAACCUGCUAGUCAUUUCCGUAGUGCCUGGUAGUCAGACCUCAGUAAACACUGAAGAGAAGUCAGAGAAAGGCUUUGAAUGUGUUUUCUGUAACUUUGUCUGCAAAACGAAAAACAUGUUUGAGCGCCAUCUGCAAAUCCACCUGAUCACACGGAUGUUCGAGUGUGAUGUGUGUCACAAGUUCAUGAAGACACCUGAACAGUUACUGGAGCACAAGAAAUGCCACACUGUCCCCACCGGUGGGCUCAAGCAUCCAGAAGAGCCUGAAGAGAUCCUAAGUAAAUUGUAUUUUUCUCUCUCCUGUUUGAUGUGGGGGAAGAGGAAAAAACAUGAUAACUUCUGCUCCAGGUCAAAAUCUGGGAUUCUGAUCCAGAGAGCACCCAGCCCAGAAGAGCUGCUUUCAUACUCAUCUGUAAACACUCACUUUAAACCACUUCUUAACGGAAAAAAUGGCCAAAGUGACUUCGUGCAGACACUAGGAAUGUCGUUACACAAAGUACCUGUGAAUCAGUCACCCACUCUGCACUACCCGGCCUGCUUUGCAGAAUCUUCCCCAUCAAGGUGCCCAUUCUGCAUCUACUCCACUAACCGCCCCGCAGCGAUGGAGUGCCACCUGAAGACUCACUACAAGAUGGAGUACAAAUGUCGGAUCUGCCAGACAGUGAAAGCCAAUCAGCUGGAGCUGGAGAUGCACAUCCGAGAACACCGCCUUGGCAACCAUUACAAGUGUGACCAGUGUGGCUACCUGUCCAAGACCGCCAACAAGCUGAUUGAACAUGUGCGUGUCCACACCGGUGAGCGCCCUUUUCACUGUGACCAGUGCAGCUACAGCUGCAAACGCAAAGACAAUCUCAACUUGCACAAGAAACUGAAGCAUGCUCCACGCCAGACUUUCAGCUGCGAUGAGUGCCUGUUCAAGACUACCCACCCUUUUGUCUUCAGCCGCCAUGUGAAGAAGCACCAGAAUGGGGACUGCUCUGAAGAGGAGAAGAAGGGCCAGUAUUCAACCUCCAAGGAAGCCAGUCCGCUCCUACCAGUGAACAGCUCCAGAAACCUCUUGUCACCCCUCUCAGUUAUGUCUGCCUCCCAGGCUUUGCAAACAGUGGCAAUGUCAGCUGCACAUGGCAGCGGGGCAGAGCCAAACCUGGCAGUGAAAGCCUUGGCCAUCAAUGGCACUUCCCUGUGCUUUGAUAAAUACUGGAACUCAGAGUAUGCCCACCUUAUUCCUUUAACAAUGUUUUUCCCCAAAAACCACUACGAGCUCACAUUCCAUCCACCCAGACCUCAGACUGCACCCGGAGGUGCCUCCUCACCUAAACACUCCUUCCUUGCCUACCUUGGACUAACAGAAAGGGCAGAAACUGUCUGAGGGCAGUUACAUUCUGUACCAAAAAUACCCCAACAAACCCAGCAGGUAUACAUUGCUGCAAAACAUAGACCCAAGAGGUAAUGAACACUUGUACUAUAUCAUUAGUGAGGUUUAGAAAAUGGCUCUGUGUGUAUACUUAUUGCAUUGACAUGAAAGCUGCUUUAUUAAAUCUCCAAGAGGUGACCUACUGCAUACUUCUACCUUCAGAGGCAUGUUCCCAGUACUCUUAUCUAAGAAACUAUUUUGUCUUGUUAAGCUGAGAAAAAUAAGAGUGUCCUUAAUGGCAAUCAGCACUUGUAAGAUUACAUAUUGAUGCAUUUUAUUUGGGGGCUUGGUUUGCGUGCGGGUGCGUGGAAGAGAGUCUACCUGUAGCGUGCCAUGACAUCGCUUUUGCACAUCCCUUGUACUGGCUUAUUUAUUUCUUAUUCUUUUCCCCUUUUCACACACAUGCUCCUUCCCUUCCCUUCCAUCUCUCCCUGAACUGCAGAGUUGUGGAAGGAGUAAUGCUUGGUUCAGGGUGGGUUGGUCUAUUAUUUCAGUGCUGUUUGCAGCUUCCUUCAGUUGUGUAAUGCCUUGUGCUCACUCAGUUGUCAAGGUUUGAGGAUUUGGGGUAGAACUGAGGAGGAAAAAGUUGCUUUCAGCACUGCAGGAUCAGAGCAUGACAAUGAAAUGUGUAUGCACGUGCACACAGAUGCAGUGUGUGCAGUCUACAUGCUCACACAGCAGGCCCAGAUCUUAACUGUUACACAGGUGUAACAAAUACUCACCUCUGGGCCAUAGCAUACAUCUUUUGUUUUAAAAGGGCAUAUAAAUAUAUAUAUAUAUACAUACUGUAUUAUGCAGUGGUUACCUUUUAGUUUGCAGGAACAACUUGUAUAACUAGAAUCCUAUGGUGGGAAAAAAAAAAAAGAAAAUCCAACAAGGGGAUUAAAAAAAGGGUAUGAAUAAAUUCUGGGUAUAAAUACUCAGACUAAAAAAAGGCAGUUUUGCACAGUGCUUUAGUCUUGCACUAGUUUGUUUCUCACUUGCAAAAAAAAAAGAAAAUAUCCCAAAUGUGGGCUGAAGGUAAGAUGACUGUUCAUUUGAAAAGGUACCAGUAACUUCUUUGAAAUAUAAAGCUACAAAAAGAUGCUUUUUGAACCACACAGUUCUCUUUUAUACCCUCAGUAUUUUAACAGUACUUGCAAAUUCUCAAUCCUGUUGCUACUUUCCAUGUUAUUAGUAAUACUUUAUUCCUUUUUGUUAAUGGCAGAGAGAGUGGACACUGCUAGAAAGCUAACUUUAUACUUAUUUAACUCUCCUACUUAUGGUCAUUAAAAUGGCAUGUUCUAUGUAGCACUUUAUCACAGGAAGAAGCAAAUGUGGAUUGGUUGUAUAACGGUUGUUAAUCACAAGAAGCCAGGAGCGAUCUUAAUUUCCGAGAAGCUAACUGACUGUUAAUGGAUUUGUGUUUCUUAGACAACUGAAUAUCCAGGAAGGAAGAAGAUCAGGAUUAAAAAUACUCUGCAUUAAAACUGGAAGUAUAAAGUAUGAAACAUUUCAAAAUUGUCAGAUGACUUACAGGAAUGUUUUCUUACUGGAUUAUUGUUUUCCAUGGCAGCUCUUGGAUUCAGGUCUCACUGUCUUUUCACCAGGAAUUAGAAUGUCUGACCCAGCUUGUGUCAGAGUCCCCUCUCUGUCCCUUGGCCAAGCUGCUGUAGGAGAUACCCUGAGUCACAUCUUACACACCAUCCACCCACCUCCAUGCUGUCCUGAAGGAAUGGUUUCUGCAGGCUGUUGUGGGAUGGGAGGAUCCAACAGGCCAACCCCUUGUUCUUGACAGCACGAAAGCAAGGCUCCAGUUCAGGAAGGCAUUUCUUGUCCCCAAAGGCUCUUAGCCGUAUACACAACUAGAAACAGAAUUCAGUCUUCCUUAGUUUAUACAUGAAGCUUGUGUAGGAAAAUUUUUGUAAUGCAAAACUCAUCAUUUAACCUAUCUGCAAGAUCCCUACAUUUGUUUUGCACUGAGAUGGCCAAACAUUCUCCACUGUCAUGACCAAACUCUUCCUGUUUGGGGAGGACAUCCUAAUCUGUGCACUCCUCUUAACAUACUGGAAGCUACUCACAAGGGGGAAAUACCCAAAAUAGGAGGAGGUCAGCAUUUGGAGUUACUAAUUAAAGGACAGAAAAGUCCCACCAUUUUACUUACAUUCCAGCAGGCAGUUUUGGUUCUACCAAGCAUGUGGCAGAUCUGUCUGUCUCAGGAGUAAGGAAAAGCCAUUUGUUCUAAGGUAUGUACAAAUGUCUGUAAGCAACCUGCCUAACUCAGGGCCCUGUUUGCCAUGCUUUACUCCAUCAGAACUCCUGGUAACACACAUCCACCCCCAGAGUACAGACAAAAUAGAAAAUGCCAGGUUAGUAAAUAUGCAAAGCAUAAAAAAUCAAGUAGCUUGCCAGCAUGAAAUACGCAGUCUGCAUCCAGAAGCUAUACCUGCUCUUUUAAAAUGCACCCAUUGCGUAGAUCUCUGACCCCACCAUAGAUGAGCAACCACUUCCAAAUCAAAAUGCUUAUUUUCCAAACCAGCAGGUAAAGUAGAACAGGUAAGGUCUAGGAGGAAGAUGUAGGAAUAUUAGUAGGACACUUCAUGUAAACCAAACGGCAGUUUAAACAGGGCUGCAACUUCCAAGAAUGAGCUGUCAGCAUGCGACAAUGUUCCACUCUACCAGUAUCUGAUAUAGUAAUGUUUAAUAUACCUGGGAAUUUGUUUAGCACUUUGGAAAGGAUAAAUUAAUUCUUUCUGCCAAGUUAUAAGUUUUCUCUGUAAGGAAAAGUGUGUGAGGAGGUUUUUAUUUUUUUAAGGAAAAAAAAUACAGUAUUUAUCAGAGCUCCUGCAUAGUAAAACAACUGGUUUGCAGUUCAAGGCUAAAGAAAUUAACGUUCUCCAGAGGUUCCCCCCACUGACUAAUGACCAACAGUCCUGAUCAACUCCCCCCCACCAUGAAGGUAAUUUCAUACUUGUUUUCACCAUGCAUUCUUUAAGGAAAGCUAGCAUGCUUUUCCAUUCGGUAAUUCAGUUAAAGUUCUCAGCACUUUCUUCUGUCUCUUUUUUUUUUACUUGUUGUAUUAUGUUCAACUAUCAUUUUGUCAAGGUUUGUGUACAUUAAUAAAAAUUUGUAUUGUAUAAAGCUUUUUUGCAUUAUAAGGCUGUACAGGGUCAUUUUGACAGUAACUGGUAUAUUUCUUUGCAUCUUACAUUGCAUUGCCAAUUUCUAGUGUAUCCAGUUUGGAAGUACAAUAUACUCUAAUUAAAAAGGUUGGCUAUA